CUGUCUAACAACGAAAUGGGUAUUUCUGAUUCGACCAAACCCAUAUACCAUGACCGUGACGAUGAGGACAUUGAAGAAUUUCUGGAGGACUAUGAAGCAUAUAGUGCAUCAAAGGAUUGGGAUGGAGAUAAAAUUACUUGGGCUGACCUGAAAGCUGCUGUCAUUUCUGGUGCUCAAGCUUCUUGCGAUGUUGAAGAGAACUGUGAAAAAUCAUAUAAGGGUCUUGAAAAAAGACAAUGGUAUGUACAAGGGUUACGGGAACCUUUUAAAGAAAGGGUUGAAAUGCAGUAUUCUGAAAUAUAUGAAGAUGCAAAAAAAUGGGCGAUAAAGGUAGAAAAGUAUAGCAAAGACAAUGAGUAUAGUGUAAAAAGCCCUACCCGAUCCAAGAAUGAAGAGCAAAAUAUGACUAAAUCAGAUGUGGAUGACCUUACCUCAGCUUUUGAAGCUUUAAAAAUUUGUCGCGUUGGUCAAAGUCAAGAUCCAGAUGAUCGAAUAGCCAAAAUGAAAUCUAGUAUCAAAGAAUUGACAAAGGCCAUCUUGGAUCUUAGAGAAAAUAAGAAGCCUAUCAUGCGUCGUAAUCAAACGAUGCAAAAUCAGAAACCCAAUAGUCGAAAUCAGCCAAACAGGCCCCAGAAGGAUGGGGAUGAUGAAUACCUAAGGGUUGAAUUAAAAGAGGGUAAAUCACUGUUUGAUGUAAGAAACCUUGAAAAAAGGAGACGAAUAGAAGAUAAGCAUGAAAUGCUAUCAUGGGCUCAAAAGAGCACUUAUGUUGAU